AUGACAUUUUUGAUUGUGCCUAUACUACACGCUGAGACUCGCAAAGAAAGCUGUCGCUUCAUCAAAAAUGAUCAAGCUCAUGAAACCAGUCGAAAGCUGCCUCCGUUGACACUGCCCUAUGAGUAUUCGGUGACCGGUAGCGGCCCGGUGGGUUCACCAAGGAUGAUUCCACUAUCUGGUUAA